ACGUACGGACUAUCGAUGUGGUAGGCGACGACGGCACGGAACACCCGUCGUACCUGCCUACGCGCGCUGCACAAAGCCCCCCCCCCUGGCCGCCGCGGUACCUUUGUGUCCGGCGGAGCUUUUUUCGGCUUUCGUUGUUCGCCCGUUUGUGUUUUGCGCGCGAGAUUUUUGUAUACGCACGCAGGCGAAACAGUGUUCCGGCACUACCGGACGACUGACUUAUUUCCCUCCCUCGCGUCCCUCCCCGGCCGCACAAGUAACCACCCCAUCUAUGCCCUCUCCACCCCCCCUGAAAACCUGAUAACGCGAGCCUUUGUCCGAAAAGGUCCAUUGUCUCGUCCUUGCAGAGUUGUCUUCUGCGCUUUGUGUGUAUCUCCUUAGUCCUUUGUCGAGCUGCAAGGAAGCUUUUUUUUCGAAAACCUCUCGUGCGACCGUGUAGUCUUCUCCCCAGGACCGUGACUCUUUUGUUUCGGGUCUGUCGCGCCAACAACGAGCCUUCGAAUUUUUUUGUCUUGGGACAUUCAACGAGACGUUUUUCAAAUUUUUCUCGCAAGUAUCCUAGCAAUAGGUAGUGCCUAUAUCCUAUUAUACUUCUCAUACAUAUUAAAUUGUCAGAUAUUUUCAACAUCAAAAUUAUUUAAAAUGGUAUCUACUAGACAACAAAGUAGUAGUAGUUCUGGUUCUUCAACCAAAGUGGUUGUUAUAACAAAACCUGAGAAAAAUUUCAGUGUAGUUAAUUUAGGCCAAAGUAGUUCUAGCCAUAUUAAUUUGCUAGACCUUCCAUAUGAAAUCCUUGAGAAAAUUUUAUCAUAUACCAAUUUCAAACACAUAUCCCAACUAAGAUCGGUUUCCCGGCAUUUCAAUGUAGUGUGUAGUACUAUGUUAAAUUCUACUUUUCAACGUUUGCAAAACCAAAUGUUAAAUCGCUUUCAAAUUAUUAAAACAAAAAUGCCCAGACGAGAAUCUGCUAGGCGACAACAUCCACUCGCAUGUGAAUCUGAUAUUGUUGAAACACUUCACAUGAGAUUGUUAUUAUUGCGUAUGGCAUUUGGUAAACACAUUGAAAGAAAACAUAUCUGUUUUUUUGCUGGAGAAAUUUUAGAUGAAGUGUACAAAAUACUACAUUACAUUAAAGUUACUUCAAAGUUGGCAAGGCCAUAUAAAGUGACAGAUGAACUAUUUGACUUGUCCACUAUGGCCAUGGAAUAUUUUAGGGAAAAAAUUGAACCAACUCUUCCAGAAAUUCGACUUUUCGCCAAUGAUUAUCAUGAAUUUCCAUCACCUUUAGGUCCACCCAAUACUAGAACUAUUACUAGCAUGUGUUUGAGGAAACGUAGCUUAAUGAUACGUGAAGGUUCGGUUUCAAGUUUAGAGGGCAAACGAGCUUCAUCAGAAAGUCCUCAAUGUGGUUCAAUGUUACGAAAAAGUGUUGGUAAAAUCAAACAAGGAAUAAAAACGUCUCAAAGUUGUCAUUUAGAAAGGGAUUUCUUAGACUUACGGAAACAAUUGCGCAAAACAUCAACUCAAUCAGGCAAUGCACAGCGGGAGUUGAAACAAUGCAAAUCACAAAUGGCUGAACAACAUAAAACAUUGGUAGAAUAUUCAAAUAGGAUGGAUGAAUAUGAUAAGAAGAAUGAAGAAACAAAUCGAAAAUUUAGUACAUUAUUACAAGAACUUAAUAAGUGCAAGACAGAAAUUCAAUAUCUACAAUCAGCAUCUUCAUCGUCAACACUUUCAGUUUGCUCAUCCUGCAGUACUACUGCAAGUGAUCUAUCUUUAGCUAUGGGACCACCUGCUUUAAAUUCUACUACCAAUGCUGUACGCACUAGAUUGCAAAGUCAAGGUGAUCAAAUUUCUGAAAAUACUAAUGAGGAUUCUGUGGAACCGAGUGAACCAGUAGUAUUUGAGGAAGUAAAGAGUUCUGAUGAGCAGGAACCAUCCACUAGUACCGGUGUAAAACGUAAAUUAGAAUUGGCUAUUCCCAAAGCUGCAAAACGUGUCAGGGCUGUAGCCAAAAAAGUACGCAGCAUUAAUAAUGCUAACUAGACAAUAAAUAAAUAAAUGAUAAUGAAAAUAAUAAUUUUUUAUCGAAACGAAUCUACCUCUCACAUUCAUAUAGACUUAAAUUGAAUUUGAAACACAAA